CCUCGCCAGUCCGUGAAAGAAUACCCACGGAGCGCUAGUUUGACUUCAUCCACGCUAAGACGUCUACCAGUUAGCGAUCAUUACCUCGAGUUCUGUUGUAGACGUCGGAAAAAUGGCUGCUGGAACAGUCAACGUGUCUGGGGUAUUGGCCUAUAGGGCUGGUGGGGUGGCUUUUGGCUACCCCGAAGGCUUUACACUGAUGGACAUGGUCCCUGAUGACGUGAAGCCUCUGAUUCACUCCCACUGGAAUAAGUUUCCUCCCGUCAACCCCAUGUGGCACUAUCUGCUGGCAGGCAUAUUCAUUAUACUGGGAAUUCUUUCCUUCUUUGGUAAUGGAAUGGUCAUAUAUCUGUUCUCAUGCAAGAAAAGUCUCCGUUCACCAGCAAACAUGUUUGUUGUCAAUCUGGCAUUCAGUGACUUCAUGAUGAUGGUGUCACAGUUUCCCAUGUAUGUCAUGAACUGUUUUGGUGGCGGCUACUGGAUACUGGGAGCUUUCGCCUGCCAGGUUCACGCCUUCACAGGGGCCAUAUUUGGUCUUACCUCACUAUUGACGUUGGCUGCUAUUGGAUACGAUCGUUACUGUGUGAUCGUGAAGGCAUUCGACGGAGGACACAUCAGUUCCGGGAAGGCUUUCUUUAUCAUCCUGUUGUGCUGGGGCUACUCCAUCGCCAUCGCCAUCUGGCCCUUCUUCGGCUGGAACUCCUACAUUCCUGAGGGCAUCCUAACCUCCUGCAGCUUCGACUACAUCAGCCAAGACUGGGGCACCAAGUCCUUCGCGUUGUUCCUCUUCAUCAUGUGCUACUGCAUCCCACUUACUACCAUCAUCUUCGUGUACUCACAAAUUGUGAGCGCUAUUCGUCAACACGAAAAGGCUUUGAGAGCCCAGGCCAAGAAGAUGAACGUUGAAAAUCUCCGCUCCAACGUCGAUGCCAACAAACAGAGCGCAGAAGUUCGCAUCGCAAAGGUUGCUGUGGCCAACGUGUUCCUGUGGGUACUCACCUGGACUCCCUAUGCCUACGUCGUCAUGAUGAGUUUGUUCGGCGACCAGUCAAAGGUGACACCAUUGGUCUCCGCCCUGCCUGGUCUCAUCUGUAAGACGGCCUCCGUGUACAACCCCAUCAUGUUCGCCAUCUCCCACCCCAAGUUCCGCCUCGCCCUCCAGGAGACUCUUCCUUGGUUCUGUAUUAACGAGCCCAAGGAUGACGACUCUAAGUCUACGAAGACCGAGUCCGAACCCUGCAAGUAAGACCUGAGACAAGAAUAACUAAGGCAUAACGACCCUCCUGAACUGGACACUACUUAUGACCAAUCAGAUGUUACUGUAAUUGCUGAUUGUGUCCAUCAAGUUUACUUCCCUGACAGUAGAAAUAGGCGUCGGAUUGAGAGAGAGAGAGACGUAGAAAAGCAACCAAUUUGUUGCUGCUGAAAACUACGCACACUAGACAAUUUGAUUCACUACUUGGCUUAUGGCUUUGUGAUACCCCCUACCCUCCUUACCCCAUGUCUUGCUAAUAAUAAACGCUGCAAUACCA